AUGUUACAAGCACAUCAAAUUCGACCUUCUAAUUCGCCAUGGUCAUCUCCAGUUAUUAUUCAUAAAAAGAAAGAUGGUGGUAUUCGUUUUUUGGUCGACUACCGGAAGCUCAAUGCUGUGACAAAAAAGGAUUGCUUUCCUCAACCAACAACUGAAGAACUAUUAAAUCGUUUAGGAAGCCGCAAAUUUAAUACAAAACUAGAUCUUAAAUCAGAUGGUUUAUGGGAAUUCAAUGUUCUUCCACAAGGUAUUACAAACGGACCACCAACUUUUCAACGAACUAUGCACAAUCUGAUCGGUUAUGGACGCUGGGAUUACGUCAUAGUGUAUUUAGAUGAUAUAUUACUUUUUUCCACCACUUUUGAUGAAUAUGUUCAACACGUAAAUGAAAUUUUAUCCGUGCUAGAUAAAGCAAAUUUUCAAGUUAAUCCUGAUAAAUGCAAUAUUGCUGUUCGUGAAGUUAAUUUUUUAAGUCAUAUCACCAACGAAAAAUUAAUAAAACCUAAUGAAUAUCCAGAUGUAUCAACUCCAUUUGUACUAACAACUGAUGCAUCUGAGAUUGGUAUUGGUGGUAUCUUACGGCAAGAUAUCACAACUGGCACAACAAUUAAUUAUUUUAAAUCACGUGCAUUGGACGAUACUGAACGCAAAUAUGAUACAAUUGAAAGGGAGGCGUUGGCUAUUUACUGGUGUCUUACAGACCUUCGAUCAUAUAUUGGUGAUUCUGGCAUUGUAAUUAAAACUAAUCAUGAACCACUUCCGAAUUUUCAUAUAAAACAAAUUAAUAAUAAACGUAUUAUGAAUUGGAUUUUUAAAUUACAAGAUAUUUUACCACAAAUAAUUGCCGUCAAAUACCGUAACGGUUCUAAUAACAUAGCUGCUGAUUACAUUUCGCGUCCCUUUCCGUCUUCAAAUGUGAUCAAUAAUUCUACAAUUCUCGCUGAACAAACCGAUGACUGGCCUGUUGGUACUGAACAAUGGUUCGAAGACUUGCCAAAACCUCAACGAUUAAGAUUCGCUACAUCAUUCAUCAACACAACCAAUUCAACAAUUAAUGCUGUUACCACCCGGGCAAAAGCUAAACUUAUUACUCAAUCAGUUCCACCUACAUCUGCUGAACCCUCAACCACCACACCACCAUUUUCAGCUCCAUCUUCAACAUCAGAUUAUCUACCUUUUGAUUUCAGUCUAUCACAUAUACGUUUUGAACAAGAACAAGACCCGGUGAUUCAACAAAUAAUUCAGAACUUUUAUCAUAAAUCAGAUAAGCGAAACUUUAUUCUAAAAAACAAUGUUCUCUAUAAAUUAGUUUCUCGUGGACUAACCAAUAUCAAAGUAAUUUAUGCCCCAUCAAAACUUAUCCCUGAAAUACUUCAAUCACAUCACGAUCAUCCUUUAAGUGGACAUUUUGGCGUUGAACGUACCUGGUUUCUGUUAAAAAAUAAGUACUAUUGGCCACAUAUGAGAACAACCAUUACAUCUUAUAUAAAAUCCUGUGAGCAAUGUUCGAAAUACAACGUUGAUCGUCAUAAACCCCCUGGAGUUUUACAACCAAUUGAACCACCAGCCGACGUUUUUCAAAUAUUGGGCAUGGAUUGGUGGGGACCUGCUCAAACUUCGAUUAAUGGAAAUCGAUACAUAUUGGUUAUAACAGAUCGAUUAUCCGGUUACGUUUUUGCUACAGCAUCACCAACAAAUACUGCUCAAGAUACGGCCCGUAUUCUACUUGAAGAAGUAAUACUAGUUCAUGGAUCUCCUGAUAUCGUUAUUACGGACCAAGGAACGCAUUUCAACAAUGAAUUACUACAAUCUAUUACUAAUUUAAUCGGUUGCAAACAUAUUUUUUCAACACCAUACCAUCCACAAACCAACGGACAAACUGAACGCUGGAAUUCAACAUUUGUUACACAACUUGCUAAAUUUUGUAAUGAUGAUCACAAUAAUUGGGAUACUUAUUUACCAUCUAUUGUUUAUGCUUACAAUAAUAGUGUUCAUCACUCUAGUGGAUUUACUCCUUAUCAACUAGCAUUUGGUCGAAGACCACAUCAUCCGUUUGAUCCUGCCCGAUCAACCUUUUAUUUAAAAAAACCGCACGAUUAUUGGGCACAAAUCAUUAAAUAUCGUAGUAUCGCAUUAAAACAAGCAAAAGACAAUAUCAUACAUCAACAGCUCUUGUCAAAACAACGAUUCGAUAAAAAUCGAUCACACCCGAUAUAUCACAUCAAUGACCUCGUUUGGAUGAAAAUAUUUUCGAAUAGAACUAAAUUUGAUGCUCGAUAUACUGGCCCUGUUCGAAUCGUUCGAGUCCUUUCUCCAGUUUCAUAUAUUGUUGAGGAUCCAGACCUCCGGCAGUUUCAAGUACACUCGAACAAUAUCAAACGUGUUUAUCCUCGUUAG